UAUUUUGCUUGCAGAUGAGAGUGCAGACGACAGAUUGACAGAAAUCUUUGCCGUUAUGUCGUCUACAUCAACUGAAAUAUUCAUAAUAGUAAUUAUUCUAAUUAUACCCUUCCUUUACGAAAGUAGUAAAGCAUUCAGGUAUUAUUUAAAGUUUUUCCUUUAUUAUGGGAUUAUAAUGUUGACUUCAAUAAUAGUGAUACCAAUCAUGAUUUGGCAUCCGCGCGAUGUUCGGAAUUUAGUGUUGGCGUCCAUGCUAUGCAAUCAUAUUUCCCGGCUACUGGGACUGAAUUGGGAGUUGAAGGGCAGACAGUACUUGGAAAAGGAAGAAGCUUGUGUCAUAGUAGCCAAUCACCAAAGCUCUCUUGACAUUCUUGGAAUGUUUGAACUGUGGCCAGUGAUGCAAAAAUGCACAGUUGUAGCAAAGAAGGAGUUAUUCUACGCUUGGCCGUUUGGUAUUGCCGCUUGGUUAUGUGGCCUAAUUUUCAUUGACAGACUGAACUCCGAAUCUGCUAAAACAGCAAUAAACUGCUCGAUUGAACAGCUAAAAACCGAUAAGGUUAAAUUGUGGAUCUUCCCAGAAGGUACCAGAAAGAACACUGGUGAAAUCCAUAGCUUCAAAAAAGGGGCGUUUCACACAGCAAUCAAUGCGGAGCUUCCAAUUCUUCCAAUAGUUUUUACUGAAUUCUAUUUCCUAGACAAAUAUCAGAAAAGGCUUGAUACAGGUCACAUUGUGAUAACAGUUCUUCCUCCAAUCAGCACCAAAGGAUUGAGUCAGAGUGAUGUGCCAAAACUGGCUGAGUCGACUAGGCAGCUGAUGGUCGAUGCUUUCAACAAGGCAACCUACAAACUUAAAGAAGAACUGUUGCUCUAAACGUUACAAGUGCUAAUUCAACAAGAUUAUCUCACAUACUUCCGUUAGGCUAAUUAAUUAUAGGCUUUUCUAAAGUGCUUGUACCAACAUUAUUAAUCAAGUUCUCUUCUUUAGUAAUAUCCAGAUUAUACCAUUUUUAUGUUAUCAACUAACUCUAACGGAGAGCUGACACUGAAAAACUUCAAUGUUGAUGCUUCAUCUUGCAUGUACACAUUGAUCUGGGCGCUGGGCCUCGACACACAUAUAUCAGUCUGCGGGCAGUGGUCACCGCGGUCAUGUCUUAGUUAUAUCUAUAACCUCCUAAGACCGCUCAGAACGCUCUCCAUGUAGGCCCUUAAUUUUGAAUAGCAUUGCAAUGAUUGUGCAUAAUGUGUUAAUGCUAAACUAUAUAAAAUAAUGCAUUCUAUGGAUCCAAUUCUAAAACCCAUAGCACCUCCGGUAGAUAUUGUACUAAUAUUUCUCUACGACACAGUAAGUUUAUAGAAGUGUUAUGGAUAAUUGAAACAUGCAUUUAUUGAAAAUCAAUGUUCUAUACGCAAGAAACAACCAAUAUUAUAGAUGUUAAUGUGGAUAAAACAUGUUUUAAUGUUGUUAAA